GUGCUGGUGGUGGUGCUGGUGCUGGUGUUCAAGUUAGGGGUGGGGAGACCUCCACGUCGCAGAGACUCGAAAGAGAGAGAGACGGUGUAGGCGCGCUCGACCGAGCUAGUCUCUCAGUGUCGUUCCAGCCGUGGCUACGUACGGUCGUAGAACGAGACUCGUGUCGAGAUAUCUCUGUCCACGUUCUCGAACUCUUUCGAGUAUUUUCGCGAUCGGUGGACGAUAUAUAAACGCGCACGCAUCCCAUACACACUUUCUCUAUAUUUCUCUUUGUUGUCUCUGUUUUUGUCUCUCUCCCUAUCUCUCUUUUCUUUCUUUCGUAUUUCAUCGAUUUCUUUCUACAAUCAUCGAAGAUCAUUCCGAUCGGAGUGAUCGAGUAUAUAUUAUCGAGGACACAUGCAUCAUGGGCUAGAUCGAGUACACUUGGCUCGUGGAGAUGCCGAGAGGAAAGACGCGUUCGAAGAAACUGGGUCAGUGGUGUUGAGUGUUCUGUGAUCGUUUAUUCCUCCGGUGAUCGAAAGAGAAAAAUAUAUAACGAAAAGAUAUAAAAAAAAGGGGGGGAUCGAGAUUCUUUUUUUUCUUUGUUUUCUUUUCCUUUUUUUUUUUUCUUUGUUUUUAAGAAGACGUGAAUCCGAUGUGUCUGAUCCUGAGCUAAUAUCCUUGAGGAAUUGGUGAAUAAGGGUGAUAAGGUUCGAUAAGUAGUCUAUUAUUGUAAGAUGAGCCCGGGCUCUCAGGGCACCCUGGAGGUGGAGCGUUACAUCGGUAGCUGUUUGAUAUCGUCGAACGUUCGAAACGGAACGCACAAGGCGAUCCUUGGAAAGAAACAGGAUCAAAACAAUCUGCGUGGGAAAAAUACUAAAGCCUGUUACGGUGGACAGAAUUACGCUAGUGGCGGCGAGCAAUGCUCAAUGCAAUACGGCACGGUUUCCGGUGGUUGGGCAGGUGCUCCACUCAUUUCGAUGACGUCCAGUCCUCGUAGAUGUAAUCAAGGUUUGUCACCUUCGUUGGGACAACAACAGCAACAACAUCAACAAUCGUCCCAGCAACAGCAAUCGCAAGCUUGCGAGCAACAACAACAACAACAACAACAGCAGCAGCAGCAGCAGCAGCAGCAGCAGCAGCAGCUGAACGGACACCUGCACAAAAGUCCCCUCUCCAGACUAGCCAUUCACACGCAGGGAGCGCCGUUGAUUCUCGCCGGUCGAUUUCACAAUCGAGGAAAAAUACACACUGGCAACGCCGUCGGCCUCGGCAACGGCGUUCCCAGCAGCAGCCUCGCGGUUGGUGGUUACGUUCACGCUAAUGGAAACUCAUCGGCGAUGAACGGUACGAUGAACAGUACGAUGAACGGUUCAACGAGCGGACCUACGCGAUGUCCAGCGCCACCACGACCCAGGAGACCAAUGGAAUCUACGAAAAAGGUUCAAACAGGAAAUGGAAAGGGGGAUUGUUCGAACGUCUCUAAAGAUUCUACGGGGACAAAUAUUGCGAAUAUCGAUUCGUUGAGUAUCGCUAGCGACGAAAGUUCCGGAUCGAACAAUUCUGAGAAUAGUCUACCCCGCAUCAUAAAACCACGGAAGCGUAGAAAGAAGGAUAGGAAACCUCCGAACGGAGGGAUAACAACGUCAUCGACGGAUGGAAGUUCGACGACAACGACGACGACAACGACGAUAACGGCGGUGGCGACGACGACGACGACGACUACGACGACGACGACGACGGCAAUGGCGACGAAAUCGGAUGAACCUCAGCAGCAACGAACGAGUCCUAACGCCGUUAACGAACAGUCAGGCGUCGUUAUGCCGUUUAAACCUUACGUAUCGUCUAGCUGUUACGAUCAUCAAAGAUACGAAAGUGGAUCGGCUCAACAGAGAAACCACAGAAGACCACCGAUCGGUAGGGAAAGUGUUUACGGCUCUUGUCGAGCGCAGGUGUCCUCCGUGCAGGCCAUUGCCGACAUCAGGCAACAGAGGUACGCGCAUCGGCACGUGCAAGUGAAAGUGCUGGACGACAACAGAAACGUCGUCGUGCCCGGCACGAUGCGAGCGAUUCAGUCGAAAGCUUAUAGGCCGCACAGUCAUCAUCAUCAUCAUCAUCAUCAUCAUCAUCAUGUAGUUAGCAGCAACAAUAACAACAACAACAAAAACAACAACAACAGCGGCAACAACAACAAUAAUAACAAUAAUAACGUUGUGUCUCGUUACAUACAUCAGGAUUACAACGACGCUACGGCAACCUGCGAGGACGGUUUUACCGACGGAUUGGGACUUUGUCAGUGUCGUUAUUGCGAUCCUUCUGGAUUAAUUUGGGACGUAGAUCAAAACGGAUAUUCCCCUUAUCUAACCGCACCAUCGUGUAACGAUUUUUGCCCUGCCAAUCACCAAUAUCCUCAACAGGCACCAACGAUGUUUCUGUCGCGUGGCUCGUCUCUCGGUUGUCAAGAUCGACAGCAACACCAACAUCAGCAUCAUCAGCAACAUCAACAUCAACACCAACAUCAACAUCAACACCAACAGCAGCAAGUAACAAUCGAGAGAUUAUUUGACGCGGAAUGUUCGCGUAUAACGCGACCAGAACGCGAUGGCUCUAGCACGGUAAUCCUAAGGCGUAGCUGGAGCGAUCCAACUAGCUACUUCAGCGAAGAGAUUACCGCACCCAGCAGAGACGUCGGCGUGAUUGGUGACAGAGGUCAAUCGGAGAACGGCAAACGUUGCGGAGGAACGUUUUGGCACGGUGAUACGACGGCAUCCGCUGGCAUGGCCAACGGCACAGCAAACGUAUCUUCAUCGAACGGUAACUUGGGUAAUUCAGCUAGCUCGCCCUCUUCUAAGGGCCUCGAGGUCUCCACGGAAAUUGUUACUUCGCCGAACGGUCAUCGGGACUUGGAAAUCAAGUUUUAUUCUCCAUCGCCAAAUGCACCGUCGGCAACAAAUGCGAUCGAGGAAGACAAGUCGAUAUUCGUCGAGGAAGACGAGGAAGAUUUCAAUGAUAUUUGGAGUUAUCACGAGUCGAAAUUGCAAAAGGAUUUUCGAAGUUUAUUACAGGCGGAAGAGUGAAGAGGAUAAAAAUUAUGGGACGGGCAUGAUCUAAUCUGGUGUUUUAGUUACUUUUAAAGAUCAGAGAGAAAGAGAGAGAGAGAGAGAGAGAGAGAGAGAGAGAGAGUAAUAGAGAAAGAAAAAAAUGAGAAGGAGAGAGAGAGAGAGAGUAAUAGAGAAAGAAAAAAAUGAGAAGGAGAGAGAGAGGGAGGGAGAGAGAGAGAGAGAGAGAGAGAGAGAAAGAGAUAAAGAGAGUAUAAAUGAAAGGCCUAUUUCAAGGGGCCAUGAGAAAAUGAUGCUCGACGAGACUCGACUUAGGUAGCGAUCGUGAAAGCCAGUAACGACGAACAGAGAAAAAGCAACGAAACGACGCGUGCCGAACGGCGCGAAGGAGUAGUAGUCGCUUGGUGGGGAGGAGAGAGUUCCUCCUAACGGUGCAAGUAGUAUACACGUAGUGUACGUGACAAGCCUACACGGAGAGGACGGACGACGACUACGACUACGACGACCAUGACGAAGAAGAAGACGAAGAGAAGACGACAAUGACAAUGACGAUGUUCGUUCGUUCGUUCUUUGAUUGCGAACUUUUCGUCAUAGUUUGGCCUCCUUGGGAGAAGAUAUAAUAAAAAAGAAAAUCCAAAAAAGAAAAAGAAGGAAGGAUAAUGCAUAUAAACAUUUAUACAUACAUAUACAUAUAUAUAUAUAUAUAUAUAUGUAUAUGCGUAUAUUUACCCAUAUAUAUGUAUAUAUGCGUGCAUACAUUUACAUAUGUAUAUAUAUAUAUAUAUAUAUAUAUAUAUAUAUAUAUAUAUAUGUAUAUGUAUGAAAAUCCUUGUUUAUGUCGUUAAAUUAUCACUGUGUUAUUCGAAAAGGGAAAGAAAGCAAGACAAAAAAAAAAUACAGCAAAAAGGACAAAAAAAGAAUAUAUAUAUAUAUACAUAUAUAUAUAAAAGAAAAAAGAGCGAACACUUUCCAAGAAAGAAAACACUUCGCUUAGACUUUCACCGUUAACGAAUCCAAACGAGAACGAAACGGUGUUUAAAACGUGAUCUAGUGAUUAAUCGACGAAACGAUUAAGCGAAUGGUCCGGAAUCGCCCCAAGAGGAACAAACGCGCAGCCUCGCCUGUGUCGCCGCCCCGCCCCGCCCCGCCCCACCCUACCCUACCCUACCCUACCCUACCCGCCCUUAUCCCUUCCGCCCUUCCACCCUACCGAGAAUUCACGAAUCGCAUCGUGCAGUCUAACCCGUUUAUAUAUACUACUUUCUCAGUCCUCGUUGUUGUCUCUCUCUCUUUGUUGGCGCUAAUUGUCGAUCUCUUUGUGAGGGAACAAAUUAGACGUUCUUUUUCUUUUUUUUUUUCUUUUUCUUUUUCUUUUUCUUUUUUCCUUCUUCUUUUUUCUUGUCCGAUCGUUCGUUGUGAUGUUUCUUUCUUUCUUUUUUUACUUUAUUUUAUUUCAUUUUAUUAUUCUUUUUUAUUUUGUUUCUUUCUCUCUUUUUUCUUUUCUUUCUUUUUUCUUUUCAUUUUUUUUCUUUCUUUCUUUUUUCUUUUUUUUUUUUUUUUUUUUGGUCAUUUGUUUUUCUACAAGCAAACACGAGAAAAGAGAUCUCCGACGACAUUCGAAAGUCGAUUAAUUUCGUUUAUUGAGAUCGGAUUAUAAUUGUACGUCGGAAGGGUGGAUGGUCUCUUAGCGUUAAUUAUCUUCUCCCUGAUCGUUCAGGUGUCACACGCAAGACUAUAUAUAUAUAUAUGUGUAUAUAUAUAUAUAUAUAUAUAUAUAUACACACAUAUAUAUACAUAUAUAUAUGUAUACAUAUAUGUUUAUGUAUAUGUAUAUGUAUAUAUAAAUAUGCAUAUGUAUAUGUAUCUUAAAAUUAGAAUAAAAAGUCGGCCCACGGAUUUACACGUGUAUAAACGUAGAACGUAACGUUUUCGUAAACGAAUCGAUCGAAUUUAAAAUCACAUUAAACGUGAUCAAGUUCUUUCCCUUUCGUAAAGUAAAUCCGUGCCGGACGAUUUCCGAUCAUCGAACUUUUGCGACGAGUUCCCGACGAAUUCUCUCGAGAUUUUCGCCCUUUUCUACGCGUCUUACAAGGAUAAGAAAGGGUUUGUGUGUUGCGAAAAAGAUAGAUAGACAGAGACAGGAAGAAAGAGAGAGAGAGAGAGAGAGAGGGAGAGA